AUGAAUACGCUUGCGUGCUUAGUAUUAUCUGUUAUUUGCCUCGGCCGUAUAGCCUCCAGUGACAAGAUCCUCAACUGUUACUGGGGCACCUGGGCGAACUAUCGCCCUGGAGAUGGCAAGUUCGAGCCGUCGAACAUCGAUCCAUUCCUGUGCACCCACAUUAGCUACACGUUCUUUGGCAUCAGCGACUCGGGCGAAUUCAAGUCCCUGGACCCAUGGCUCGAUCUAGACAGUGGCCUAGGUUUUAUAAGCAAGACAAUCGCACUGAAGCAGCGGAAUCCCAAACUCAAAGUAUUGGCAGUUGUGGGUGGAUGGAACGAAGGAUCCACCAAGUACUCGGCCAUGGCAGCAGAUCCAGCCAAGCGAGCGACCUUUAUAUCCUCCACAUUGGCAUUCAUCCGGCAACAUGGCUUUGAUGGACUCGACUUGGAUUGGGAAUAUCCUGGACUGCGCGGAGGAAGUUCAGCAGAUCGGGCGAACUUCGUAACCCUUCUACGGGAAAUUAAAGAAGCAUUCGCUCCUCACGGCCUCGAGCUGGACAUCGCUGUGGGAGCCUCUGAGGCGUCUGCCGCCAUUUCCUACGAUAUUCCGGCAAUUUCUGAGCAUCUAACAUUCAUUAAUGUUAUGACCUACGACUUCCACAUGGCAAUGGAUGGCUAUUUGGGAUUCAAUGCUCCAUAUCCAGAGGUGGAGAAGUCCAUCGAUUACUGGCUGAGUCAAGGUGCGCCGGCCGAGAAGCUAAUCCUUGGUAUUGCAUUCUAUGGCCACAGCUAUCAGAUGACGGACAGCUCGCAAAAUCAGCCGGGAGCACCUUGCAGGGGACCCGGAGAGGCCGGACCUUACACUCGAGAACGAGGUUUCAUGGGCUACCACGAAAUAUGCCAAAUGAACUGGCAAACUGUGUUUGACGGAGAGAGCAAGACGCCUUAUGCAUUCAGUGGGGAUCAGUGGAUUGGCUACGACAACGUGCAGAGCAUCGAGCUCAAGAUGCAAUUGGUGCAACUUAUCCGCUGA